AUGGCAAAGGAGAAGUAUGAGGAAGCCAUUGAAGGACUGCAAAAACUUCUCAGUGUAGAAAAAGGAAUGAAAAUAAACACGUGCAGCGAGAAAAGUGAGUUGCGUGCGGCGGCCACGGCGAAGGUGAGGGAGUUGACAACGGCGUUGGCCGGGAAAGGGGCGACGGACACGGAAGAGAGGAUCCGCUCCGGCUUCCAGCAUUUCAAGAAAGAGAAUUACGAGUACGUGGAGAACAUAUUGGUGAUUGGGCACAGCUGUUGUGGAGGGAUAAAGGGCCUAAUGUCCAUUCCUGAUGAUGGGACCACUCAAAGCGACUUCAUAGAGGAAUGGGUUAACAUCUGCAAGCCCGCGAAGGCUAAGGAGGCUGUUAAUGUUUCGCUAGGCAAUCUGUUGACCUAUCCUUUCGUGAGAGAAGCUAUUGUGAAGAAGAGUCUUUCUUUGAAGGGCGGUCACUAUGAUUUCGUGAAGGGCUUGUUCGAGCUUUGGAACCUCGAUUUCAACCUGUCUCCUUCUGUGACUGUAUGA